AUGGCCUCAUUGAGGCCCAGAAGGUCUGCGGACCCAAUCAGUGACUCUGAGUCGUCCGAUUCGAGAGAAGGCGAUGAGGGUUGGGAUGAUGUCGAGCAGGACGAGGAAGAGACCACCGAGGUGAUUUCACUCCUCGACGACAAGGUCUUCCCGGGCGUCUUGUCCAUGCUGGCGUACUGCAAGGAAAGCCACGGCUUCGACUUCCUGGCCGUCCGACAAAAGUUGCAGCUUGAUUUCCACGGCAGUGUCAAGCUGGUCAAUUACAUUCGACACCGGGUCCACGAAGGUAGCCCUGUGACUGAAGAUAUCUCCAAAGCAGAUUUCGACCAGGAUCAGUUUCUGAAGCCAGUCCUGGACGAUGACGCUGUUAUCAUUGGCCUGUUUGACCUCCCAGACGUCGUGCCAGAGGGUGCCCCAGCAGCGGAGGGACAAGGCGCAUCCGUGGUUGACGACCUGUUGCAGCGGAACACGCAACUGCAGGAGGAACUCGCACGGGUCACUGCGCAGUUCGAAAGCUACCGCGCCACCGUCGCGGAGACGCUGGACCAGAGAUGGGGUGAUGUGGACGCCGCCGAGGCCGAGGCCAAAGCCGCGGGCGACAAAGGCAAGACCAAGGCCGGCGAGAAGCCCGUAGAUGCGUCCAAGUAUUACUGGGAAUCGUACGCUGGCAACGACAUCCAUGAGACAAUGCUCAAGGACACCGUCCGCACGGAGGGGUACCGCGAUUUCAUCUACAACAACAAGCACCUGUUCGCGGGCAAGACGGUGCUGGACAUCGGCUGCGGCACGGGCAUCCUGAGCAUGUUCUGCGCCAAGGCCGGCGCGGCACGGGUUAUCUCGGUCGACGCCAGCGACAUCAUCGACAAGGCACGCGAGAACGUGAUCCACGCGGGCCUGGCGUCGACGGUGACGCUCAUCAAGGGCAAGAUGGAGGAGGUGACGCUGCCGGUGGACGCGGUCGACAUCAUUGUCAGCGAGUGGAUGGGCUACUGCCUGCUGUACGAGGCCAUGCUGCCGUCGGUGCUGUACGCGCGCGACCGCUACCUCAAGCCCGACGGCCUGCUGAUCCCCGGCGCCUGCAACAUGUGGAUCGCCCCCGUGGCCGACGGCGAGUACGUCAUGGACAACGUGCAGUUCUGGCGCGACGUCUACGGCUUCGACAUGAAGGCCAUGCAGUCGGGCAUCUGGGACGAGGUGCGCGUGCUGCACUGGCCCAAGGACCGCGUGUGCGGGUCGCCGGCCGGCUUCAAGCUGCUCGACCUGUACACGAUCAAGACCGAGGACCUGACGUUCUCGUCGAGCUGGAAGUCGGAGCUGACGGCCGACGUCGACGGCGGCCUGGACGGCCUGCUGGUCUGGUUCGACAACUUCUUCGCGCCGUCGCGCGAGAGCCAGGGCGUCGGGCUGCAGUCGGUGGCCGACGAGUGGGCCAAGGAGGACAAGGACCGCGUGGCGUUCACGACGGGGCCGUUCAACGACGAGACGCACUGGCGGCAGGGCCUGCUGCUCUUCAAGCACAAGGACGGCGAGGCGUCUUCGGCGGCCCUCAAGAAGGGCACCGUCAUCGAGGGCGAGGUCACGUUCGCGCCACCCGAGGACAUGCCCCGCGGGCUCAUCAUCAAGACCGAGUGGAGCGUGGCGGGCGAGGCCAAGAAGCACUCGCAGUCCUGGGACAUGCGAUGA